AUGCCGGCCGAGAUGAGAUUAAGCCAGGCAGACAAGCGAGAGAGCCGGACGGACAAGCAGGCGGACGGCCGGCCGAGAAACGCAGAUGCCCUGCCGCGGCCAAGAGACACCGCAAUGGCCGUGAACCUGACCCCCACCAAACGCCGUAUAAGUGCCUAUGAAUCGCGGACGAGGACGGGCCGAGCAGGAGCGGGACUGCUUGAGCAGGACGGCGGGAGGGGGAGGGGGCGGCGGCGGUGGCAGGUCGAGAGCUGGUCGGAGAGAGGAGGCGGCCGUGAGGAGAACGAGAGACUCAACACAUGA